AUGUAUUACCCAUUGGUAUUGGUUUCCUUUGCCUUCUGGACGCUCCUUCCUCUCUCAAAUGCCCUCCAUAUUACGAACCAGACCAUUGACAAAUUUCUACUUGGCGAGUAUGAUUACGUCGUUGUUGGAGGUGGUACCUCGGGAAUGGUAGUCGCGAACCGCUUGAGCGAAGACCCGAACGUAACUGUCCUCGUGAUCGAGCGCGGCGAACUUGACGCACGCGAGAGUUACAUCAUCGCUCCUGGGUACAUUGGCCUCCAGCCUCCCUCGCCCUAUGUAACGAGUGUGGGAACUGCCCCUCAGAAUUCUCUCGACGGCAAGACGCGUGAUAUUACCCAAGGCAGAGUCAUUGGUGGUGGCUCGGUAUGGAACGGGAUGUGCUGGACCAGAGGCGCGGCUGCCGAUUUCGACGGUUGGGAGGAAUUGGGAAACGCGGGUUGGGGAUGGCAGAGCCUGCAGCCGUACUUCAGGAAGGUUGAGAAGUACUCAGUCGAUAUUGACGCGGAUGUGCAAGACCGCCUCAACAUUCACCCCAAUUUGUCGGUUCACGGAACUGAAGGAUCGAUUGAUGUCGCUUACCCACGGUACUUCUACGACGCAUCAGCUCAUGUUCUUAACGGUCUCUCAGAGCUGGGCCUCCCGCUUACGGGCGACCUUAACACGGGCGACUCAACGGGGGGUACAAUCGUCCCAUCCAGCAUGUCUCCCACCAACCAGACUCGAUCCGAUGCGAGAAUCGGAUAUUACGACACCGCUGCUUCCCGCUCGAAUCUACACGUCUUGACCGGGCAGACUGUCACGCGGCUGAUUCUGGGCUUGCCCAACUCACAAGGCACGGGCGGGGGGCGUCGUAUCAUCGGAGUCGAUUUCGCUUCGGAGUCUAUGGGAAUCAACCGGACGGUAACGACCAACAAGGAGGUUAUCCUCGCCGCCGGUGCAAUCCAGUCCCCUACCCUCUUACAAGUCUCGGGUAUUGGCCCUACAGAAGUUUUGAGCUCUUUGAACAUCCCUGUUCAGAUCGAUCUACCAGGAGUUGGAAACAACUUCCAGGAUCAUCCCAUGGCUCAAUUUCCGUUCGAGUACACCAAUUCGUCCCUUUAUACAUCUCACAACAUUACUGGCGAUGCUUUCGAUGACGCGCUCACUACUUUGAUCACCAAUCAUACCGGACCAUUGACGGCACCCCUGAUCAAUACCGUUGCCUUCCCAAACCUUUUUUGGCACGGGGACGAAGGGAAAUCCCUCCAAAACGCCGCAACCAAGUCCUCCUCCGAUUCCCUCCCUCCCGAUGCUCCGCCAACAGUACAGGCCGGCUAUGCAGCGCAAAGGCGUAUCGUUCUCGAUCACCUCACCCGCGCCGACGUCGGCGCCUACGAACUCCUCGCCGCCUCGUGGGGCUCGAUCUCUAUCGCCGCUCAGAAGCCACUAUCGCGUGGCACCGUUCGCCCAAAGUCCGGUUCCAUGUUUGACGAGCCACUACUCGACCCGCGCUACUGCGCAGACCCGCUCGACUGUGAGAUCAUCCGGCUCGGCCUGAAGACCUCACGGAGACUCAUGCAGACGGAGGCGAUGACGCCGCUGCUGCCCGUGGUAGAUGUACAGUUCGAGUCAGCCGAUGAUACGGAGCUGAUGGCGACGAUCAAGCCGCUGGUCGGUACGGAAUUUCACCCCAGUGGAACGACGAGUAUGAUGCCCGAGGAGAUGGGUGGUGUCGUCAAUGCCCAGUUGAUGGUGUAUGGGACGUGUAAUCUGAGGGUGGUUGAUGCGGGUAUCAUGCCCUUGAUCCCGUCUGCGCAUCUCCAGGCUGCGGUGUACGCCGUGGCUGAAAAGGCCGCGGACAUCAUCAAAGUUGCCGCAAAAGACCCUCCAGCCUGCCCCUCCGGUCUGGUAUAG